AUGAGUGCAAUUGACGCUCUCGACGAUUCGUCUAGUGAUGAUGAUUUUUACCAAAAUCUAACUAAAACUAUGAAGAGGAAAGUUACUAAUGGAUUUGGUAUUAAUGACGAUGCAACGGGUGACGACUCAUUCUCCAAGUACACCGAUGCAAUCAUCUCAGAGCCGGUUCAGAAGAGAAGUAAAGAGGUUGUAAUUGAUGAAGAUACUGAUGACGACGAAGUUUCAUAUGAAUCUCAAAAUAUUCAGCAAAUUUUAGAGGCCAAAUCGAAAAUAUAUGAAGCUAAUGCAAGAGCAAAAGCAAUUGCUGAGAAAGUUUCUAAAAACCCGAUUCAAACAAGCAUUGCGGGACGGACUCGAGCAGCACGAAGAUUAACUCCAACUCACAAAGAAAUUGAAAUUGCCUCGCAAUUACAACUAUUAGAAUCACUAGAUGCUCAAGUGAAAGCUUGUACUCACACCUGCAAGGUCGACACUUCAAAUCGGUACAUUACUGAAGUACCGGUUGUUGAAGAAGAAGACGACUGUGUACAUUUUUUGAUAAAAAACUUGGAAACUCCUUCGGAAGCAUCAGAUUAUCGUUCUUGGAAGAUGAAUGAUCCAAUUUCGCUGCUCCGGCGAGAGUACUCUGUUAAAUGGGGUUGUAACAUAAAAGAAGUUGUAAUUACAUGUAAAAACUUGCCUUUACAAGAUUCCGAUACUCCUGUUAGCUUGAAAAUGCCAAAUGAAGUCCAACUUAUCAAUGUUUUCCGAGUAGGAUUAGAAAAGAAGAAAGAUCCUAACAAAAUUACGGUUAAAUGCUUACAAGCUGAUAAAAGGCCUGUAGAAAUAGAGUUCUCCAAGAGUUCUAAAUUCUCAUCAAUCAAGACAUUGAUUCAAGAAAAACUCAAAUUAGCAGUCAUCACGAAGCUGGUAUUCGAUUCGGCUCAGGUGCAUGAUGAUGAAACGCCUGAAGAGCUUGACAUGGAGAACGACGAUUGUCUUGAAGUUUACGCAUAA